GAAAGCCCUAGUCCGAAUUCCAAAUGUGUACGACACGUCCCACAUCCGACACUCGUUCGCGUUCGCCUUCGCGUUCGCGUUUGACACGACGAGACAGACAACAGGUGUCCCGAGCGGCGCGAGGCACGAGAUAAGGAGCAUUACACCUACUUUUUAUAUCAAAGCCAAGCUUCCUUCACUUUAGUGAUCCGACGGCAGCGAAGAUUGAAGCAUGUCUCCAACCGUCCAAACUGUCUUGGGCCCUGUGGCAGCGGAUAAGCUGGGCAGGACAUUGACCCAUGAGCAUCUUUCUGUGAACUAUGAAAACUUUUAUAAAUCUCCACCUUCUAUAUUUAAGUCAGAAAUUGAGAGAACCUUAAGCUUAGACAAUAUAGGUUUGAUUAAGCAAUACCCCUAUGCCAGUCAUGAAAACAUUGCAUUCUAUGGAACUGAAGUUGAUGCUGCAGUGGCUUAUGAUGUAAGCCUCUUUAAAAUGGCUGGUGGAGGGACUAUUGUUGAAAACACUACUCAUGGAUUGAAGCGGCAAAUCAAGUUAAUGGAAACGAUCAGUAAAAAUACUGGAGUAAAUAUUAUUGCUGGCUGUGGAUACUAUCUGGAGAGCACUCAACCUGGAAGUGUUCGCAACCUAUCAGAAGAGGAUAUGUUUAAUUCAAUGGUGACUGAAAUGACGCAGGGUAGUGCUGACUACCCUUCUGUGAAAUGUGGUGUUAUAGGUGAAGUAGCAAGUGAUUGGCCAAUAACAGAUUUUGAAAAAAGGGCCAUCAGAGCUACAGCUCAAGCACAAAACUAUCUUAGAUGUCCAGUAACAUUUCAUCCAGGUCGAAGUCCUGAAGCUCCUUUUGAAAUUAUGAGAUUGUACCUUGAAGCAGGUGGAAAGGCUAAAAGAGCAAUAAUGUCUCACUUAGACAGAACUCUAAAUGAAAAACAACAAUUUCUGAACUUUUCCGAGCUGGGUUCUUUCUGCCAACUGGAUUUAUUCGGCACAGAAUGUUCUUGGUAUCAGUUAAACCCUGACUGUGAUAUGCCGUCCGAUGCAGAGAGAGUGAAGAUAUUUUCUUGGUUGAAGGAUGAAGGAAAACUUCAGCAACUCCUUGCAUCCCAUGACAUCCAUACCAGACAUCGUCUUGUAAAGUAUGGAGGUCACGGCUAUGCUCAUUUGUUGGCUAAUGUGGUACCAAAAAUGAUUUUGAGGGGUUUCACCUCAGAAGAAGUUGACGCCAUAACUAUUGAGAACCCAAGGGCAUGGCUGACUGGGGAACGAGAUCAAUAAAAGAUCCAGGUUCAGGUGAAGAGUACUUGUAUUAAAACAUCAGAAUGUUUACAAAUGUAGAAAUUGACAAGACACUUGCUAUGAGUGAAACUAACAGGAAAUACAAGGUGUAAGAACCAAUGGUCCUCUUUUAAGACAGUCCCUUAUUUACCGUUGAUUAAAACUGUAAAAGAAAUUCACAAAUAAAAACUACAAAAUAAUUGUUCCUCAA